UAUAGACUUGCAUGAACAAAAAGUUGCUGCGAAAGACCAAAAUGAAUAGCUCGUCAAAUCUGAAAGCACGGCUCCUCUUUGUUUUAGCCAUAACUUUUCUCGGCAACUCAAGACUAGCUGCAGGAAAUAAUCAGAACGCUGGAAGAAAACUUGAUGAAAUUCCCGGUUUCAUUAGCAUUGAUUGUGGCAGCAAUGAAGAUUACAUUGACGAGCAUACCAAAAUCCCUUACAUAUCAGAUAAAGGAUUGAUAGACACUGGCAUAGUAAAGACGGUAUCCCCUGAUUCACCCGGAAAUAUUCGACAAAAUGCUAAGAACUUGAGAAGUUUUCCCCAAGGAACAAGGAAUUGUUACACUCUGAAACCAGAGCAAGGUAAAAACAAUAAUUAUUUGAUCAGGGCAAGAUUCUUUUAUGGGAAUUACGAUGGUAAAAACCAGAUACCAGUAUUCGACCUACAUCUUGGGGUUAAUGAAUGGAAAACAGUGAAUUUAACAAAUGCUGGUCCAAAUCGUAUUGUUCAUAGUGACAUUAUUCAUGUUCCCUUGACGGAUUACAUAGACGUAUGUCUAAUAAACACGGGCCGUGGGGUACCCUUCAUUUCAUCAUUGGAACUACGGCCUUUGAACAGUUCCAUUUAUCGAAUUCCGGGAAAAGCACUGACAAAAAUAAGGGGAUAUGACGUUGGCAGGAACCCUUCUGACUCGGACGUCAGGUAUCCGUAUGAUGGAUACGAUCGCAUCUGGAAGCCUUUACUAAUUGACAAUUGGAUUCCAAUUGCCACAAGCUUAACCGUUUACUCCCUGAGCACUAAUAACGCUUAUAACAUACCAGAUGUAGUGUUGAGGACUGCAGCCAAAUCACAAAACUCUACCACUCCGUUGAGCUUGUACUUAAGUCCACCAGAUUCUCUUUCACAAUGUUAUGUUUACUUUCACUUUGCUGAGAUUGAGAAGCUUGAAAAUGGCCAGCAGAGGGAAAUGACAAUUUUGUUGAAUGGUGAGAGGUAUCUGACAGAAUCUGUUAGACUUGAUUACCUAAAGCCACAGACCAUACUCCGGACUGAGCCGGCAAUUAUGGGAGAACGGCUUCACUUUUCAAUAAUUGCAGCUGAGGGAAGUAAGUUUCCUCCAAUCCUCAAUGCUGUAGAGAUUUUUGUGUCAAAGGAGCUCCCAAAUAUAACGACUGCCAUAGAAGAUGUUGAAGCCAUAAUGGAAAUCAAGACACUGUACAAGUUGACUAGAAACUGGCAAGGCGAUCCAUGUGUCCCGAGGGAAUACUCAUGGGAUGGUUUGCACUGCAGUUACAACUAUUCUAUUCCAAGUAUUAUAUCAGUGAACUUGAGCUCAAGCAAUUUGACUGGGAAGAUUGCAACUUCAUUCUCGAAUCUUAAAGCAAUACAGUCCUUGGAUUUGUCAUACAAUAACUUAACUGGGCCGCUGCCAGAAUUUUUGGCACAACUGCCAAAUUUGAACACUCUUGAUUUGCGUGGGAACAAGUUCACAGGUUCAAUUCCUGAGGAUCUUCUGCAGAAGUAUAGGGAUGGGAAGUUGGCAUUGAGGGUGAAUGAAAAUCCAGAUCCUUGUCAGUCAGUUGCAUGCAAGAGAAGGAAGAAAAAGGAGUUUGUUAUUCCAGUUGUUGCAUUGUCCGCAGCAGUCCUGCUCCUUCUGUUCAUCUUUAGUGGUCUGGCUAUCUAUAAACAGAAAAGACAUGGAGGUAUAGUUACCAAAUCCAAUAUCAGAUCAAAGGAUCAACGGUAUAGCUACUCUGAGGUUAUGAACAUUACUAAUAACUUCGAAACCAUCAUUGGAGGAGGAGGAUUUGGUAAAGUGUACCUUGGUAAAUUGAAAGAUGAAGCUCGAGUAGCCGUUAAAUUGCUCUCUCCUUCAUCAAAGCAAGGCUAUAAGGAAUUUCAAGUUGAGGUACAACUCUUGAUGAUUGUUCAUCAUAGAAACUUGGUUUCUCUUGUUGGAUACUGCGACGAGGAUGACCAGAAGGCCCUCUUAUAUGAGUAUAUGGAAAAUGGCGAUUUGCACCAGCAUUUAUCAGUGAAAAACACAAAUGUGAUGACUUGGAAUGAGAGGCUUAAUAUUGCAGUGGAUGCAGCACAUGGGUUAGAGUAUCUUCAUAAUGGUUGCAAGCCGCCUAUAAUUCAUAGAGAUUUGAAAACUUCCAACAUUUUAUUGACUGGACAUAUGCAAGCCAAGAUAGCUGAUUUUGGGUUGUCUAGAAUCUUUGCAACUGAAAGUGACUCUCAUGUGUCAACUUGCCCAGCUGGCACAUUAGGAUACCUUGAUCCAGAAUAUCAAGCAUCUGGAAACUUUGGUAAAAAAAGUGAUGUCUAUAGCUUCGGUAUUGUUUUGUUUGAACUAAUCACUGGUCGACCUGUAAUAAUGAGAGGACCUGAGAAAAACACUCACAUACUUGACUGGAUUUAUCCAAUAAUUGAAAGUGGGGAUAUUCAAAGUGUUGUUGAUCCAAGGUUACAAGGAAAAUUCCACACCAAUUCUGCCUGGAAAGCUGUGGAGAUUGCCUUGUCAUGCAUACCACCAAUUGCAAGCCAAAGGCCAGACAUCAGUCAAGUAUUAGCAGAACUAAAAGACUGUUUGGCUUUGGAGAUGACUAAUGCAAGCCUAGCAACUGAGCGUAAUAUGGCACCUUCAAGCAUUCCACUUGAAAUAUCCUACUUAGAGCUUGAAUCAGAUAUUGCUGCCCUUGCUAGGUAGUUGUUAAACAAAAUGUUUGUAGUCAAGUUUUCCUUCCAUGCGAUAUGCUCAUAUGAGAAAUUUCUAGAAUUAGAUUGGUAGUUCAAGAAUUUCUUUUAUUCUUGUUUAAUGUUUUGUAUCUCUUUCAAUUAAGUACGAAUGAUGUAUCUCUUACAAUGUUUU